AUGAUUUGCCAGCCUGAUAGGACAGUUCCUUCUGGCCAGGUCCUCUGGCUUGGGAGAGCUGGUCAUAGUUGUGUUGCUUAUCCGUCCCCUUCGAUUUCGACUUCUGCUUUGACUUUGAGAGCUUGCUUGAUUUUGUUUCGUGAUAUUGUCAGAUUCCACCUCGAGGCCAGGUCCUCACUCUUUCCUCUCUUUUUGGCGAUGAUUUGCCAGCCUGAUAGGACAGUUCCUUCUGGCCAGGUCCUCUGGCUUGGGAGAGCUGGUCAUAGUUGUGUUGCUUAUCCGUCCCCUUCGAUUUCGACUUCUGCUUUGACUUUGAGAGCUUGCUUGAUUUUGUUUCGUGAUAUUGUCCGGUAG